UUUUACAUUUUGAUUUGGUACUUUUUAUGACUUUUUCGACAGUUUGUGAAUUACUCCUCGUUGUCUUCUUCGCUUAGAAAAAAAGAAAAUGCUUCGAGUCGCUUCUGGACAAGUUGCUAACGUGUUGCGUGGUGCCAUAGGCCUAUCUGGUCGUGUUGCCUCCGUCGGCUCGGUCCGUGCUUCACAUGGCGAGGAAAAUGAAGAAGUUUUCAACAAGCGCUACGAAGAUUAUUUCAACCGCAAAGAUAUCGAUGGCUGGGAGAUUCGCAAAGGAAUGAAUGACUUGUUAGGCAUGGAUUUAGUGCCUGAACCCAAGAUCAUUGAAGCUGGUCUUCGUGCUUGUCGCAAGGUGAACGACAUUGCUUUGGCCAUUAGAUGGUUGGAAGGCUGCAAAGACAAAUGCGGUGACCAAGAGAGUACCAUCUAUCCCUACCUCAUCCAAAGCAUUCGUCCCACAUUGGAUGAAUUAGGCGUGCCAACACCGGAAGAAUUGCACUAUGAUAAGCCCGAGUUGGCCUUGAAAACUGUCUACGACUUGUAAAUUAUGGGCCCUAUCAGUUUAGUAAAAGAUUAAAGUGAUGCGAGUUAAACAGAAUUGUUUCCAUUAAGAUAAAAAAUGUGCUGUAAGGAAUGUUCAUUUAAUUUUUGUUUUGAACAUUCGCUUAAUAAAUGUGUUGGAUUAAAGAGCUGCCGACAAUGCGAAAAACAUUAACGAAAAA